AUGUUGGUUGAGGAUCCUGCCACCAAUGAUGUUGUGUCGUGGAAUGGUGAUGGAACAACGUUUGUGGUGUUGCAACCACCGGAGUUUGCUCGUUAUCUUCUCCCAACUCUCUUCAACCAUUGCAACUUCUCUAGCUUUGUUCGUCAGCUUAAUACCUAUUUAUGCAAUUCUCAUGGACGAAAACAAGCGACUCAGCAAGGAGAAUUGGCUGUUGAACUCAGAACUCACAACCAUGAAGAGGAAGUGCAAGGAAUUGCUUGA